AUGUUUGGCAAUUACUCUUUAAAAAUUCAAACCAAGAUCCAAGGUGAUAAUUAGAUCAGCUAUUGUAAAAUGAGAUAUAUGCAGACUUAAUAGUAAACAGAAAAUGAAUUUUUCUUUUUGGGAAUUGAUGAACUCCAUAAAGACAUAUUAGAAUCUACCUUCACAGCUGAUAUUCUUUAAAGAAGAUUUUCAGAAAAUGUCCCCAUUCCAGCAAAUAAUAAUUUAGGAGGCUUAAUGAAUAAUUAGUUCAAUUUUAGGAGAGGAUCUAGAUAAGAGUCGAGUAAGAAAGAUAAGAUUAAAGUUAAGAUGCACUAACUAAUAGAAUUGAGUUAAGAACCUACUAAAAUAUCUGAACAAGACAUUGAUGACUAAUAAAUCGACUAAGACUAUUAUGCCACUGGAGAUUUAGAUUAGACUAGACAAUAAAAAUUGAAGCUUUAGUAAAGGAACUAAAGAAGUCUAAGGACAUUGUUAGCAGUCUUUGCAGAAUUACUUCAGCCAAUUAUCUAAAAAAUCUUACUUUAAUAAAUCAAAAUUAUGGCCUCUAAAAUAGUAAACUAAAAUGACUAGCUGAACUUCUUGUUCAGAGUUUAAACAAAAGCAUUAUUGCUUUCAUCUAUAUAUGCAAUUGAAAACAAAAUAAGGGAUCAAACCUUGACUAAGAUUACAGUUGGAGUUUUGAAAACUGCACAUGACUAAUUAAACGAAAAGAUUAUUAGCUUAAAUCCUAAAAAAGAAAAGAAAGCCCUAUAAUCCAUAUAAAAUAGAUCAAGAUUUCUAAAUUAGAAUAACCAAGAAGAUACCGAGCAAAACUAUAAUGUUAUUAGCAUUAAUAACUAGAAAAAUGUAAAUAGCAGUCUUCGAUAGUAUAGCCAAGAUAAAAAGGUAAAAAACUUAUCGCAACAAAGCAUUCUGAAUAGCUCUAACAUUUUGGUAAAGAUUCCUGAAACUUUUUUGUCUUAAAAAAGUGGAUUCAGACUGGAAGCUACUGUCGAAGCAGAAAAUCUACCUACUUAGAGCAAUUAAGUUGAUUAAUCUAUUUGCUGCAAUGAGGAUUCUUUUGAGAAAAUUCAAGACAUCUUUACUCCUCAAGAUUUCUAUUAAAGAAACUCUUUGCAAAACGAUUUUGAGCCCUAUAAUUAAUAUCAAGGCUAAGUAAAUAGACCUUUCACACAAGAAUAAAGAUAGCGUAAAAUGAAAAAUAAGGACAUUCGAAUUAAAAGAGCAAAUAAGCUCUAGAACUACACUAGACUUAUCCAGAAUAAUUAUUAGAAUUUAUCCAGCAAUAACUCAUAAAGGCUACUUGGAGAUGAUAUUUAAGUUGGUGUGAUUGGCUAAUAGCUGACCUCUUUUAGAAACAUAUUUUCUCCAAUUAGGAAUGAUAAUCCUUAGGGAAACAAAAGCAAUCCAAACAGCGCUCAAAUUAGUCUAAGAUCAGUAAAACUUAUGAGUUUUUGGGAGAAAUAGAGGAAGAACCGACUUAUUGAAUGCAUGCUCAAUAGAUCUAAAGUUGCCAAGUAAGAGAAAGAAUAGCCUCCUAAGGCAGAUAGUUUCAGUAAUAAGAUGAAUGAUUGA